AUGCAGAAGCAAAGCUUCAUAACUGAGUUUUUCCUCCUGGGGCUUUCACAGAAUCCAAGUGUUCAGAAGACAGUAUUUCUCGUAUUUUUGUUUAUUUACAUUGCAACUGUCAUGGGCAACUUUCUGAUUGUGGUGACCAUGAGUAGCAGCCCAGCUCUUCCGGGCUCCCCCAUGUAUUUCUUUUUGGCUUUUCUGUCCUUAUUGGAUGCAUGUUUCUCCUCUGUUAUUGCCCCAAAGAUGAUCGUAGACUCUCUCUAUGAGAGGAGAACCAUCCCCUUUGAAGGCUGCAUGACCCAGGUCUUUGCUGAACACUUCUUUGCUGGAGUGGAGGUGAUUGUCCUCACUGCCAUGGCCUAUGACCGCUAUGUGGCCAUCUUCAAACCCUUGCACUACUCAUCCGUCAUGAAUUGGAGGCUCUGUGGCAUUCUAAUAGGUGUGGCCUGGGCAGGGGGCUUCCUGCAUUCCACGAUACAGAUUCACUUCACCGUCCAGCUGCCCUUCUGUGGCCCCAAUGUCAUUGACCAUUUCAUGUGUGACUUGUACCCAUGAUUGGAGCUUGCCUGCACUGACAGCCAUUUCUUUGGGCUUUUGGUGACCACCAACAUUGGAUUAAUCUGCAUCCUAAUCUUCUCCUUGUUGCUUGCCUCCUAUGGAGUCAUCUUGCUGUCUCUCAGAAACCAUAGUACUGAGGGGCAGCAGAAAGCCUUCUCCACCUGUGGCACUCACAUUGCUGUUGUGGUUUCAUUCUUUGUCCCAUGCAUAUUUUUGUAUGCACGACCUCCCUCUGCUUUCCCCUUUAACAAGAUGGUAGGCAUACUUUACACCUUCCUGAAUCCUUUGCUCAAUCCUUUGAUUUACACUUUCAGGAACAAGGAAGUGAAAAGUGUUAUGAAGAAAGUGUGGCACAGAAUAAUGGCGGUUACUUUUUUUAUAUAA